AUGUUCUCUAGAGUCGCCAGACGUGCUUUCUCCACUACCAAGGUCAACCCCUACAAAGUCACCGUGCUAGGUGCAGGCGGCGGAAUCGGUCAGCCGCUUUCCCUGUUGUUGAAACUUAACCACAAGGUGACUGAUUUGAGAUUAUACGAUUUGAAAGGUGCUGCUGGUGUUGCCGCUGAUCUAUCCCAUAUCCCAACUAACUCUGUCGUCAAAGGUUUCACUCCUGACCAAGACAAGGGUUUGCACAAGGCUUUGGAAAACACCGAUGUUGUGUUGAUUCCAGCCGGUGUGCCAAGAAAACCAGGUAUGACUCGUGAUGACUUGUUUGCUAUCAAUGCAGGUAUUGUACGUGAUCUAGCUGCAGCAGCAGCUGAAGCAGCUCCAAAUGCUGCUAUUUUGGUCAUUUCUAACCCAGUCAACUCUACUGUACCAAUUGUCGCAGAGGUUUUGAAAUCCAAGGGUGUUUAUGAUCCACACAAAUUGUUCGGUGUUACCACUUUGGACACUAUCAGAGCUUCUAGAUUUAUCUCCGAAGUUGCAAACACUGAUCCAACCCAAGAAAAGGUCAAUGUUGUUGGUGGUCACUCUGGUAUCACUAUCAUCCCAUUGAUCUCUCAAACUAAACACAAGAACUUGCCAAAGGAUAAGAAGGAUGCUUUGAUUCACAGAAUUCAAUUUGGUGGUGACGAAGUUGUUCAGGCCAAGAACGGUGCUGGUUCCGCUACUUUGUCAAUGGCUCAAGCCGGUGCUAAAUUUGCAAACGCUGUGCUAGCUGGUUUGGCUGGUGAACGUGAGGUUAUCGAGAACAGUUAUGUCGACUCUCCUCUUUAUAAAUCCGAUGGUAUUGAAUUCUUUGCUUCUCCAGUGACUUUGGGUGUUAAUGGUGUUGAAAAGAUCCACUCCAUUGGUGAUAUCUCUUCUGAGGAAGAAGAACUAUUGGCCAAGUGUAAGGAAACUUUGAAGAAGAACAUCGAAAAGGGUGUUGCUUUCGCUAAGAAAUAA